AUGCCCUUCGCCAAACUCGCCUUCGACGACCUCCCCCUCGACAAGACGGGCCCACUGGGCAACGCCUGGGGCCUGUUUGGCCCGGACGACGAGUGUGGGAUGCUGAAUCUGUUGACGCUCGAGCGCACGAGGCGCGUCUCCACCGACUGGCCGUUCGACCGCAUCGCCACGCCGGCCGUUGGUCGCGCUGCCUUUGUCCAGGCCAUCCUGACCCACGCCCCGGAGGCUGUCAAUGAUGAAUCCUUGCAGUUCAACCCCCACAGCAGCUCCCAGUGGGACGGCCUGCGGCAUUACGGGUACCAGGAACAGGCCCUCUACUUCAAGGGCCGGACCCUGGACGAUCUGCUGACCACCAAGGGUAAUGGGAUUCACGCGUGGGUGGAAAAGGGUGGCAUCGUGGGUGGCGGCGUCUUGCUGGACUAUGCGGCCUGGGGGGCGGAGGCGAAUGAUGCCCCCAUCCAGCCCUUCACCUCCCAGUCUAUCCCAGUCUCGGUGUUGGAGCAGAUUGCCACGACGCAAGGCACGGAGAUGAGAACGGGUGGUAUUCUACGAUGCUCGGUGGCCGGUGACAUGCCCAGCUUCGAGGCCUGGCCGUGCCAGGACACCCGCUUCUGGCUGCAUGAGUGGCUGCUGGCCGGCUGGGGGCUGCCCAUCGGCGAGAUGUUCAAUCCCGAGCAGCUGAGCGAGGAGUGUCGAAACCGUUCUGCUUCAGCAGUUCCGGGGGGAAUUGCCAGCCCUCCCAAUGGGGUGGCCAUCUUCUAG